UUUGCCCCGGCUGGCCUAUAACUGCGAUCAGAACUAUAACUGCGAUCCUUCUGAUCGCUGCCUCCUGGGUAGCUAAAAUUACAGGUGUGAAUCACCGGAGCCAAACUUCCCUAGUUCAUGUUCGUUUACAAGCCUGUCUACCUCAUCAGUCUGGGGACCCAGUGAGGACAAGGACUGUAUCUCAUUUCUUUCUCUAUCCCUAGCCCACUAAAGUGUGUGAUAUUUCAUGAAAUGUUUGUGAAAUCAAACUGAAUGAUCUCAGUUCACUCUCGUAACACCGUGUAGACUUUAACGUUAUUAUUAUUAUUAAUAAUUACUACCGUGCUGGGGAUGGACUUUCCAAUACGUUAGGCACGUGCUCUAGCACGGAGCUACAUCCGGCCCCUAACAUUAUUUUUUCUGUUUUACAGAUGAGGAGCGGUUGAUUUAUUUGCAGCCACACAAUUACUAAGUGGUAGAAUCUGGACUGUAAUCUAGCCCUUCUGAUUCUAACCCACAGAUUUGCUGAAAUUAUCCUCCACCCCCUCCUGAGAUGCUUGGCUGAGACUUGUCUUCCUUAGGACUAUCAUGAAUGUUUUAAAUGAAUUUAGUUAGCAACCUUCGCAAGGCGCAUGCGUCCCUUCUUUUUCCCACGAUCGGAAAAGACACACCUCAUUUCCUUCCGCUUUACAUCUCUUUUGGCCGCAGCGACUCGCCAUCGUCGGUACGGAAGCAUUCACUAGUUGAGAUAAUGGCGACUGGGACGCCGGAUUCGCAAGCACGGUUUGGUCAGUCAGUGAAGGGGCUUCUCACGGAGAAGGUGAAUACCUGUGGUACCGACGUGAUCGCGCUCACCAAGCAGGUGCUGAAGGGUUCCCGGAGCUCCGAGCUGCUAGGUCAGGCAGCUCGAAACAUGGUACUACAGGAAGAUACCAUCUUGCACUCGGAAGAUAGUUUAAGGAAAAUGGCGAUAAUCACAACGCAUCUUCAGUACCAGCAAGAAGCUAUUCAGAAGAAUGUUGAACAGUCGUCAGAUCUGCAGGACCAGCUGAAUCAUCUGUUGAAGUAGAACGGUAUAUAAGAGAGUAAUGGCACUUUACUUGACGCUGAGGAGGGAGUAUUUUACACAAACUGUUGGGCUAGAGGUUUGAGUUUCCAUUUUCAUCUCCAAAAGUUAAGUUAGAAAAGAGUGUGUUGAUGUAUAGUUUCUUCUGAAAAGAAGCUAGGUGGUUGAAUUUUGAAAGCACUUCUUAAAGUAGACUAACCUAUGUUCUUACUCAAUUUUUAUGUUCCAUUAAUAUGAUAUUAAAGCAAAAUUAAAAGAUAUCUUAGAUUUUCCCAUAGAGUUUUAAUAUGUCAAAAGCCAUAUUGUAUAAUUUGUCCCUUAAGCAAAUACUAAGUUUCUUUUUUUUUUUUUCCCCUGAGGCAGGAUUUCACUAUGUAGCCCAGGCUGACUCCAACUCGAUCCUUCUGUCUCAAGGUGCGCACCACCAUGCCUGGCUGCUGAGUAAUAUUUUAUAUCCAGAAACAGAGUUUCAGACAGGCAUGAUGACAUGUGCCUUGAGUCUCAGCUACUUGGAAGGCUGAGGCAAGAGGAUCACUUGAGACCAGCCUGGGCAACAUUGUACAACAUAGUGACACCCCAUCUUUUAAAGAGAGGGAGGGAGAGACGGAGGGAGGGAGGGAAGGAAGGACUUCUAUUGUGAACUCAUGAAAAUGAUUAAUGUUUUUUAAAGACUUUUCUUCUAACCAUUCAGUCAAGAAAUAUUUUAUUUAUUAGACACAGAAUGGGGAUGGGUAACACUUCUUGUUUUCUUUGUUAUGGUGAAUUCCUAGAUGAAAAUUAGGCAAAAAGUAACAUAUCUGGCCAGCUGCAGCCUCUUGCCUUGACCUGCAUUCCUACGGUUCCUUUCUUCUUGUGACUCUUGAUUCAUUUGUUGUGACAUUGGUUCAUUUUAUAAUUUUGCUUAAUUAUCAGCAACUUCAUCUGUAUGACGUUACUGUCAAAUAUGAAGGGAGUUGAAUUACAUGAAUGAUUAUGGCAGGGGUUGUACCACAAUUAAAAAGUCUUAAUGUUUACCUAUGUUCAGUAGAUUCAUCUUGUUAAAUGAUAAUACUAUUUUCAGAUAAGAAGUUUUUUUUUUUCUUUUGGUGCUGUGUUUGGAAGCCAGGGCCUGUACAUGCUAGACAAGCACUCUACCACUGAGCUACACCCCUUUCCCCAAGAGUAGGUUUUAAAACAUACUCUGAGCUACAUCGCCAUUAUCUGUGGUCAAACCUGAGUAUCUUUAAUUCGUUUGAAUUUAAAAUGGGACUCCAUCCUGUUCUAGAAUAAUUCUGCAUUUACGAAGGAAUUGGGAGAAAGUUCACAUAAGAAAAUAGUGUUUUCACUGAUAGAAAAAAAAGCAAAUAAGUUAGUCUAGUUUAAUUCAUAUUGUGUAACAUCAAGUUAAUCAAGCAUAUCAGAUUAUAUUUAUCUCAUACAUAUUCACAUUAAGUUAAGGUAAAAAAUAGAGCAGAAAAGGCAUUCAGUUAUGCAUUAAUUCUAUAACUUUAUUAAU